AAGGGCAAAAAUAGUGGAAGCUAGUGUCCAAGAGAGAAUAUGAGGGCAACGAAACAUAAUACUCCAAAAGUGUGCAGCCCUACAUUCCAGAUUGUUCUUUGAUGAGAGAAGUGGAGCUUGUUUUCAUAAUCUUCAAUUCACACGCUUCUAGUUAGAGAGAAACUGGGAGAGGUGCGAUUAACUUCGACGAAGAGCCACGACCAUGGAUUAGCCGACGUCUCUGUAGAAGGGAGACGAAGUCCAAAUUGGGACUACUGAGUUUGCUUCCCUUGGUCAGUGACAGAGUGUCUACAUAUCCAGUCUUGAAUCAAUGGACUCUCCGUCGAGCUUAAAGAUUUUUUGCCGUUCAGAGUUAUAUGAGAACGGUAGUCGAAUAGGAAAUGAAAGCAGCGGUGGUUUGGACUUUGGAUGCAUCAACCUCAAUAAGCACUCUAGCAUAGAAAUGAUUACACCUAUCCUGGGUUACUCUAUUUGUGGAUAAUGGAUACCCAACCAUGGAAGCAACCUCACUCUUCGCAUCCUCAUUCCAAAGUUUCAUAUGUAAAUUUGGAAAUUUAACCCAGAUCGGAACUUUCAGAAAUUCAUCAUCAUCAAACGAAAAAUCUUCAGAUAGUGCUUUAAGCAUGAGUUGUAUCCCAUAAAUAGUAUAAGCUCCUCCCUUCAACACCUUUUCUCUAUCUUCUUCGUUAUGGAACUUAAAAAUCACCCACCCCUUUUGACGGGGUUUAACUAUGCAACUAACACCCCAAGUGUUUUUUAAGGCAUAGACAGCCUUAAGACCGGGGUGUUUUCCGGUGAAGCAGGCAAAAAUCCCACAUCUCAACCAUGAAGGGUAAAUUCCUAUCCACAAAGUCUAAUGAGUUGCUUUUUGGCGGAAUAUACCUCAAUUUGAGUCCGUUUGAGGGGUCCCGGUUGUCUUUGAAGAGUGUGGACCAUGCUUUUAGUAGGCUGCACUGGCUUCACAAAUUCCACACUACCGACCUUCCCUGUUUCCAGCUUACUGGCAAUAGGCAUUUGAGCUGGAAUGGUCUUCAUAUUAUCUUGGGCAGAUUCAGCAAGCAGAGAAGGGGCAUCAUAAGCUUUUACUAAUAAAUACGUGGAAAUGUUUGACUAAAAAAUAAUACUCCCUCCGUCCUGGAAUUAUCUUCAUUCUUUCCUUUUCGGGCCGUCCCAAUUUUAUCUCCUUAUUUCCCUUUUUAGCAACUUUUACCCUAUUCAUUUACCCUAAUACCCUUACCCAUCUACCCCAUUUAUUACUCCUAAUAAAUCUAACCGGCCACCACCACCCACCCAACCCUACAUAUCCCCACUUUUUUACGCUCUUCUCUCUCAUGUCUCACUGUAUUCCUCUCUGGUCUUUUCUCAAACUUUCUCUCUUUCUCGUGUGAUUACAGACGCUCCUCUCUCUCUCCUCUGCCUGAACUUUCAUCUUCUCGCCUCUAACUCCAUCUCCCUUCUCUAUGUUCAGCAACCCCAGUUGCCGUCUUCGGAUUUGUGCAACCUUUGUGAAGUCUUCUCCAUCGACAUCAGAUUUGAAAUUCUAGAUCCAUUAAUGGCGGAAAAAACCUCUAUCUUUGUCUUGCAUGGGUGUGUGGUGGUUGAAGACUCAGACGAUGUCUCUUGUUGGCCCGAUGUUGUCCCUGAUUCCGAAGAUGAUCUCACAUUGAUGAGGGUUGAAGACAGUGAAGAAGGAGAUUGGAGUGAUGCUGGGCAGAAAGUUGAAGGAUUACCAGAGGGGUUGCAGUCGGACACUAUGGAAAAUAGAAUUCCAACCUCCAUUGAGAGCAUGGCCUCCAUUUACCUUCGUCCUGUAGAUACAACGACAGGGGAGUAUUUUCCACCUGCGUAUCUUCCUCCGCAUCCAGUCCCAAAAGUUCAACAGCGCCUAGAAGAAUUGAUUAAAAUAUGGCUACCUCUUUACAAAAAACGAAGGUCGUACCUCCCUACUUACUAAACUUUUCAUCUUCUUCUAAGGUGCAUGGAUUUGUAAUGUCCAUUACAUGAUGCAUGCAUGUUUUCUGAUACACAAAUGUUGAUGUAUGUGUCCUAUUAUGGCCUAUUUGUGGAUGCCUAUGUGUGUACUGUGUUGUUGUUGCCUAAGAGAUGUCUGCCUUAAGAAACUAGGAUAAUCCUAUGGAAGCUUAAGGCAGUGUUCUAUGGAUUCUGUGAUUGCUUUUAUAUUCUGAGAGUCCUCUUUGUUGCACAAAUGUUGAUAUAUGUGUCCUGUUAUGGCUUAGGGCAGUCCUCUAUGUAUUCUGUGAUGCUGUGUUGAAGUCGGAGAGUCCUAUUUGUUGAUGCCAAACUGAGAACUGCCUUAAGCAUCCAGGGUAGUCCUAGGAAGGCUUAAGGCAGUCCUUUAUGGAUUCUGUGAUGCUGUGUUGAAGUCUGAGAGUCCUAUUUGUUGAUGCCAAACUGAGAACUGCCUUAAGCAUCCAGGCUAGUCCUAGGAAGGCUUAAGGCAGUCCUCUAUGGAUUCUGUGAUGCUGUGUUGAAGUCUGAGAGUCCUAGUCUGUGAUGCCUUAAUGAUGAAAGUCUGCUUGUAUAUGCUAAAGAUAAGACAAGAUACUAUCAUAGCCUAUGACAGUGUUGUUUGUGUACAUUAUCUAUAUUUGUACCCCAAACCCAAAAAGACAAAACCCAAAAAACUGUCUGUCUGUAGCUAGUACAUACAAAAACCCAAAAACCCAAAAACAUUAGUGCCUUGUCUGCUUUUAAACAAAAACCCUUGUAUCCUGUUCAUCCAAAAACCAUCUGCAUGCAACCUACUCAUGAGCAUUAACACCCUCCAAUGAUUGUAUCACCUCUUUCAUUGCUGUUGUGUCUGCACUCAUUGAAAUUGGUAGUUUCCCAAUCCCCUCUAAUCUGUCUUUACCAAUAUGGGGUAGUUUGUAGUUGUUCCCACCCUUAGGUUUCAAAAUUUCAUUCAUACACAGUUGUAGUGAUACCCAUACCUUGUUCAAAGUAUGAGGGCUGAAGCCCUCAAAUGCAUUCCUCACCCCUGCCACCAACUCUGAAACUGUUGAAGUUGCUGUUGUUUGUUGUAAGGACUGAAUUGCUCUAAAAAAGCCUAGGUCUAGCAUAUUUACAUCAGGACUAUUAGGUGGUUGGCAUGAUAGUUUGAUGUUAAAUCCCCCACUAGUAGCCUCCUUCAUGAACUCACUGUCAUUAGGACUUAUAUGUGGCUUGGCGUUAUCUUGUUGUAUAUAUAUGUCCCCAGAUGCAUCAAUUGGCCACUUGGCCUUGAUGGCAGGCAGAACUUUACUGAUUAGGCAUUCUCUGUAAACAUCUUUUGUGACACUGUCAAUUGCCUUCUCUUCAAUUGUCCCUGCAAUUCUAUUUUUGCUGUUUCUUUUUGCUGGCUCAAAUGAUGUGAAGGGAAAAAUACCAAUUUUCCCAUCAAAUAAGACUUGUGAGUCUUCUGAUAGCCUGGGCCUAGCAACAGCACAGAGGAACAUCACUUUGGUGAUGAACCUCUUGGAUUUGCAACUCCUGUGAGGUUCCUCUUCCCCUGGAUGCAGGUAGUACCUAUUUGAGGUUUUGGUCAUAUAAAACCAUUUUUCAUCUACAUGCACAUAGUUAAACAUGGGCUCAAAUACUGGUUGUGUUGACAUUGAUUCUGGGACAAUGUGUGAAAUGACCCAUUCAAGUCUCUUAAUCAUGUUUGACUCAGUAAGAAAGGGUUUGAUAGCAUUUGUGUGUGCCUUUAAUUCACCUUUUUGUAUGAGUCUGUGCACUGUACUUUUUGAAAAACCCAUUGCUGCAGCUAGAUUCCUGAUAUUCUUUCUUUUAUCAACCUGUAUCUCCUUAACAUGAGUAAUACGUAGAAUCUUUGCUUUUCUGCCUACCUUUCCAACCAUCUGUCUGUCCACAUCAAUAGGUAAACCUUCCAUCUCACAUUUCUUUAUUUGCUUCCAAAUGAAUGAGAUACACCGUUGUGACACAUCAUUUUCUAUUGCAAGUGCAUUUAGUACUCCUCGGUUGAGCCUACCAUUUGUGCAGUUGAUGAGAAGAUACUGCAUGAUGCGUUGCCUUGCGUCAUUGGACAAUCUCUUUUUUUUUGGAACUAUUUCGGCCAUGUCUUUGACCUUAUCUCUUCUUCUUUGUACUUAAGCUAUUUUGAGAAACAUGUGGUCGUAUAUAUAGACUGAAAUCUGUAGUUUUUCUUUUGGGAGGGAAGUGGACAAAUUAUUGAAAAUUCCCUCCACUACUUUAGUUUUUUUGCUGGCCGCUACUUUUGCUUUGGUGUACUGUUUGUUGCAGACAAAAGCCCGCUACCUUUUUAGUCGUAUACAGUAUACUGUUUGUUACCCUAUUAUUUUGGGGAGUUACCCCUUUGUUGGGCGAAAUAUCUCAAGGGCACAAGCAGAAAGUCAAAGCACAAAAGUGCCUUAUCUUAACCUCCGUGCCCAGUCAAAACCGAAAAUAAAUCUUGGACGGAGGGAGUAAUAAAGUGAAACAUUUUAAAAGAUGUUUUAACUGGCAUAAUUGCUUUUACUAAAAAACAUUUCCAUAUAAUUAAUACGUAGAAAUGUGUAAUUGUUUUUACUCUUGUUAAGCGUGUGCAAUUUUAACAUUGAAAAACGGACUAAUGAAAUUUGAUCACUCAUGUACACCGGGCGAGCACACACACUCAUACACUAGCCGAACACACACACACUCGCGCCACCGGAUCACGUCAUAUGGGUGUGACGAUUAAUAAGCUCCAAUAUAAAGGUUAAUACCGCACACUCUUGAUUUCAUACGACUUCUUGCGUGCUCUUACUUCUUCCUAGUGCAUCACAUGCACUCUGAUCUCGGAGGACGAGUCACCCGUUCAAAAGUUUUCAGUUACGAGUUCAAACUACUAACCUCAGGCGGCGAGUUAAGGUUUUCUUAAGGGCCUAGAGCCACGCUCUUUCGAGCAAUUUUAUCACUUAAUUGAUAUUCUCAUUUCCCAAAACGGUUGAUAUACUUUAGUUCUUUGGGGGUUGGAUGAUCUGUUCUAAGCAUUGCUCUCGGAUUCAAUUUUUCUUUCAGAGGCUGGGUUAAGGCCUAAUUUGGGAGCUUGAUAUCACUCUUUUCGAGUGGUGAGUCCGGCUCACUUACUCAGUGAGCCGCAGUUCGAUACCAAGCCCAAUUUCCAUGUUCUACACUUGUUGCCUUUAUGUGGAGGUACGACUGAAUGAAGAUGACUCCACUCGCCUCAAGGAGUGGGGGAGUGAGGGACUUACCAUCUUCAAGGAAGCAAAGGAUGGACCUGAUGAGCCCGAGCCCGAUGAGAAGACCGGUCUUAGCCAUGCUCUUUGCAUAUGGCGACCAUUGCAAUAAAGGCUGGGGAUUUCACCCCCUUGCUUCAUCUUGGGGGCGUUCAGUUAUGGAUGGACUCAGGCCGGGUGGCCCGACCCGGAACCGGCCCAGGACCGGUACUGUUCCGGCCCGGCCCGACCCGGUGGCCCGGUCAGUGACCGGUCCGGGUAGGCCCGGCCCGUGGGUUUUCUGGUCCGGGCUCUGGUCACCCAAAACAAGGCCCGGGCCCGGUUCGGGCCAAAAACUAUUUUUUUUUCAUUUUUUUUUAAAUUUUCGGGUUGGGCUGGGUAUUUUGGGCCAUUUGGGGAUGUUUGGGGGGGGUGGGGGUGGGAGGGGGGUUAAUCAGGAAGAGGAAAACAAAAAAAAAAUAUAAUGGGCCCGGCCCGGCCCAGCCCGGACCCGGUGGUUACCCGGGCCGGUCCCAGGUCCACCAUUUCUUACCCGCCGGCCCGCUCGGGCCUAGGCCCGACCCUGACCUGGCCCGGACCCGAGUCCAUCCAUACGUUCAGUGUACUCCUUUUCCCUUCAUUAGGAUAUUUUCCCAUACCGUUUUUCCUAAUAAUUUUUUUUAAUGAGGCAUCUCCCUAACAUUGACAAGGGCGGAGAUCUUUCCGGUCUCGGAGAAGAGCAACUGACUUGACUACUCGCUCUUAGUCGAGUCUACUACUUGACUAAGGGAGUGGGGGGCUCGUGAUGGAGUUAUGAGACUUGGCCCAGAGCCUAAUUGGCCUAAGCCCCGAACUUGAACCCGUGGAUCCAAAUCCACAACCUGGAGCCUACCUACCAGUUCGGCCGACCUGCCAGCCAGAAAGAGUAACAAUCAAACACUUAAUGCACUGUUUAAUUAUGUAUUUAAUUCUGUAUAAAUGUUGUAAUUAGUUAGUCAUUAUUAUCAGUAGCAGUUACGAUUUGUAUACGCUUAUAAAAGGCAGGUUGUAAUUCAAAUUAGGGAAGCAAUUUUUAUAAGCUCGGGCAACUAAACUUCCUUAGCUACUUUCCAUUCUCGUAAUAGUUUUUUUAUUCUUGCUUGGGUGUCUAUCGUAGAUUUGCUAAAAGCUUACGAGUGUCUAUU